AUGUUCUCUGACCUGACAGUAUCUAGCUUGAAGCACGUUCAAAACAUCGUCGGUUUCCGCGAAAUCAAGAAACAAGGGUCACUGCCCGCUGCUGCGAAAGGGUUCUCCAAGCAGCUUUGCUUCGACGUACGGGACCACGUCUAUGCUCUGCGAGGGGUGGUUGAAGGUGGCUCUCGGAUCAAUGUCGACUACGACAUCUCGCCGCAACGCCUUUUGCUAGACACGCUGGACUUCUUACAAUAUGGGGUUUCGUACAUCAACUAUGAUGACCUUAUACAUCUCGAGACAGCCCUGGAUCUUGAGCCUGCGACUAUCCUGGCUGAACCGUCACUACGAGAGGGGGUAGAAGCGCCGAAGUACAACCUGCCACUGUGGCUAAAAUCCUACUACGAGCCAUGCGGGCAGAACGGAAGAUCACAUGACUAUCCCAGUUGUGUCAAGGUUCAUACGCACCCGCGUAGGUCUUCGACGUAUUGCAUCAAACGGUUAUAUUACGACAACCCAACCUCCGGGUCAUGCUUGUCUGUGCGCGAACCACGACAAAGUUCACAGUCCGAUUCGUUAGAUCCAGGUACCAUGUUCGGACUCGACAUCCUCGGAUUCAUGGCUCCGGGCAUCAGAAUUUCGCUUCUCAUUCACAAUGAGACAGUUAGCCUGGGAUAUACGCUUUCUCCCUUCGACGACAUGUACAUCAUGCCACUGCUCCCCGAAGCGGAAAGGAAACCUGAAUCAGUCAGCAACCUAUCAGACAGAGGGACCGCUCCAGCUGUGCGCCCGGAACUCAUCUGGCCAGUAACUAACGCCGAUGGUCCGGCCGACCGGCGAGUCCGCAAGCCUCAGCAGCUAGCACUGCUCGGCCAAGGCGACGACCUCCUAUACGACAUCUCCGGCUCAGACGACGACGGUCAAGUGGACGAGAGUCCAUCUGACGAGCCCGCCGGCGGCGAUGGCCCUAUAGAGCCUGUAGUCGGCAUACAGACUGAAAUUGUCAUGGAAGACAUUGUAGACGAUCAAAGCCUGCCGAGCCGCAAGAGGACGCGGUGUCCCUGA